AUGCACCAGGUGGACGAGGCUCUUUCAGGAGGAGGGACGACUCCCCGUCAAGACAACAGUAUGACAAACGAUUCGAUCAUUACUGAUCAUGAAAGUAGUCAUGAGAUGAAAGAACAUAACGAUGACGAGGAGGCUAAGAAGAGUGUCUACGUGGAUGAGAAAGCAGGUACUGGAAUUGAAUGGUCUCUUUUGGAGAAAAAUCCAGGUGUGGUGGAUGUCGACGAUAUUCCAAAUAUUCUAAAUUCUGUCAUAAACAAGACACUUAUUUUGGAUGGUCCACUUUCGGGAUCAUCACAAAAGGAAGGAAUUAUGAGUUCAGAGGGUUCAAGCAAAGGACAUGUAAGGCUUGAUUUAGUAGAAGAAAAUGAAGAGGAAAUCCUAGAGCUGGAAUUCGAGAGGGCAGUUGGGAAAAUGCAUACACACAAUAUAUACUGUCCUAAUUGCAGUUCUCAGGUUACAAGAGUUAUUCUUCGUAGGAAGAAGAAACCUGAUGUCAAACCAAUGGGAUUGUUAGGAUGUUUAUCAUGCUUCAGCAUUUUCAUUCCUUCAGGGAAUACCCUAAAUCCUUUCCGAUGUUUUGGAAGUAAAGAAGAACCUGAAGGCACACAAGUUGCGUCAGGUGCUCCCACGAAUGAUAAGGGUGAAACCAUAGUGAAGAAAGGGAGGGUUUUUGAUCUGUUCUGGAUUUUUGGGAAGCGAGGAGGAAAUGAAAGUGAGCAGGAUUAUCAUCAGCUACCAGGAGGAGAAAACGAAAAUCCCUCCUCCUCUCAAUUACCAGAUGGUGAUCACAGUGAAAAAGGGGAGGAAGACGAUAACGAAGCACUAAUUCGCCUAAAUGCUAGUCCUCGUCCACCGUAUGGAACUCCAUCAUCCGAGGGAUCUGCAACUGAUUCGACCGGUGGGCCCAAUAAACUUGGAAAGCAUCCACAAGUUUCUCCAAAAGGAGGAUCUAACUCAGAUGGAGAUCACAUAGUUGAUUUUGGAGCGGAACCAGGAGGGCCUUCAGAGCCAGGAUACUUGGAACAUGGUUCGAAAUCGUUAGAAAUUCUAAAGAGUAUUGUUUAUGGAGGUUUAGUGGAAUCAAUCACAAGCUUAAGUAUAGUGUCAUCUGCAGCUGCUUCUGAAACUGCCACAAUGAACAUUGUGGCUCUUGCAUUGGCAAAUGUGAUAAGUGGAGUAUUCAUUAUUGCUCAUAAUCUGAGGGACAUGAAGAAUGAGUGUCCAGUACCAGACUCAAAUGAACAAACAGAUAGAUACCAAGAACAAAUUGGCAAGAGAGAGAGCUUCCUAUUCCAUUUCACUUUUGCCAUUCUAUCAUUCCUUCUAUCUGGCCUAAUCCCUCCUGCAGUUUACGGCUUGGCAUUUGAGAAGACUGGCAAUAAAGGUUACACGAUUAUAGCAGUUGCAGUAGCUUCUCUUAUAUGCAUAAUUCUACUUUCAAUUGGAAAGGCUUAUUGUAAAGGGGAACACAGAUUUAUUGCAUACUUCAAAACAAUUUCGUACUAUGUCAGCAAUGCAGUUGCUGUUUCUGGUGUUGCCUAUGCAAUGGGAGAUCUAAUCAAGAUACUCGUUGAGAAACUUGGCUGGUUUGAGCCUAGCACACCUACACCUGCCACUUUGUUCAAUUCCGGGAUAAAUUCUGCCACUCCAUUCUUGGCUUACUCUUGA